CCCGGUAGGUCGCUCUAGACCAGUUCAGACGCCCUCGGCACGGCGGCGGGGAUAGGAUUUGUGCAGACGCUUCCUCUCCGGAGAGGAGGCAUGCAAGAGGAGGCUGCUGCGGUUCAUCUCGGGCUGUGAGAUGCGCCGCACUUGCGAGCGUGCGCGAGGAGGAUGAAGCCAGAGCCCGACGGCGCGAGGCCUGCGAGAAGAGCGCGAGCCCUGCCCGGGGUCCCCCAGCUGCCCAUGGGCACCCCUGCUCCCCGGGGGGACAGCCCUGGCCCCUCCCACAGGAAGCACUCGCUCUGGACCCCUGGGAGGCCCUUCCUCACCCUGGUGCUGCUGGUUUCCAUCAAGCAAGUGACAGGCUCUCUCCUUGAGGAGACAACGCGGAAGUGGGCUCUGUACAAACAGCAGUGUCUGCGAGACUUGCUCGAGAAGCCUUCUGGUGUAUUUUGUAACGGGACAUUUGAUCAGUACGUGUGCUGGCCUCAUUCUUCUCCUGGAAAUGUCUCGGUGCCCUGCCCUUCAUACUUACCUUGGUGGAAUGAAGAGAGCUCAGGAAGGGCCCACAGAUACUGCCUGGCUCGGGGGACUUGGCAGACGCGCGAGAACGCCACAGAUAUUUGGCAGGACGACUCCGAAUGCUCUGAGAACCACAGCUUCAAGCAAAACGUGGAUCAUUAUGCCUUGCUCUCAACCUUGCAGCUGAUGUACACCGUGGGAUACUCCUUCUCUCUCGUCUCCCUCUUCCUGGCUCUCACCCUCCUCUUGUUUCUUCGAAAACUCCACUGUACACGCAACUACAUCCACAUGAACUUGUUUGCCUCUUUCAUCCUGAGAGCCGUGGCGGUGCUGGUGAAGGACGUCGUCUUCUACAACUCCUACUCCAAGAGGCCCGACAGUGAGGCCGGGUGGAUGUCCUACCUGUCAGAGAUCUCGACCUCCUGCCGCUCGGUCCAGGUUCUCCUGCACUACUUCGUGGGCGCCAAUCACUCAUGGCUGCUGGUCGAAGGCCUCUACCUGCACGCACUGCUGGAGCCCUCCGUGCUUCCUUCGAGGCGGCUGUGGGCCAGAUACCUGCUGGUGGGUUGGGCCUUCCCUGUGCUCUUCGUUGUCCCCUGGGGCAUUGCCCGUGCACACCUGGAGAACACGGGAUGCUGGGCCACAAAUGGGAACAAGACAGUCUGGUGGAUCAUCCGAGGACCCCUGCUGUUUUGCGUGACAGUCAAUUUCUUCAUCUUUGUGAAAAUUCUCAAGCUUCUCAUUUCUAAGCUCAAAGCCCAUCAAAUGUGCUUCCGAGAUUACAAAUACAGAUUGGCAAAAUCAACGCUGGUCCUCAUUCCUUUAUUGGGUGUUCACGAGAUUCUCUUCUCCUUCAUCACUGACGAUCAAGUUCAAGGAUUUUCAAAACUUGUACGACUUUUCAUUCAGUUGACAUUGAGCUCCUUCCAUGGAUUCCUAGUGGCCUUGCAGUAUGGCUUUGCCAAUGGAGAGGUGAAGGCCGAGCUUCGGAAGCACUGGGUCCGCUUCCUGCUGGCCCGUCACUCAGGCUGCAGAGCCUGCGGCCCGGGCAGGAACCUCCGGUUCCUGGGCAAAUGUCCCAAGAAGCUCUCGGAGGGAGAUGGCGCCGAGAAGCUUGGGAAGCUGCAGCCCUCACUCAACCGCGGGCAGCUCCUGCACCUGGCCAUGAGGGGGCUGGGGGAGCUGGGAGCGCGGCCCCACCAGGGCCACGCAGCCUGGCCCCGGGGCGGCAGCCUGUCUGAGUACAGCGAGGGGGAUGUCACCCUGGCCAACACCAUGGAGGAGAUUCUGGAAGAGAGCGAGAUCUAGGGUGGAGCCCACAGCUCUGCCUCUGCUUCUGGGGACUUCUGAGAGGCCCAAGGAAGGGGGCAGAGCAGGAUGGAAGUCGCCGAGCUCAGAACUGCCCUCCUCCCGCUCACCACGCCUCUUUGACAGAAGUCUGUCUCAAGUCCCUCGAGCUCUGUGUGAAAGAGGCUGUGUGACGCUCACACCUUCUGCCUGCCCUUGUCACCCACUAGGUAACGCCCACCAGAAUGGCCAGGAGAGCCUGGGCCUGGCCUAAAUGCAAGGGAACGGACCCCACUGUGAGGAGAGAGGCCAGACAAUCUCUCUUCCUCCCACCCCGCGGCACACGGUUUCCCGCCGGGGCUGGGUUCAGGUGCACACACGUGGCCUGGGAAGCUUUUUCGAUGCGGAAUCCUAGACUGGUGGCUGGGAUUCUAAGCGGUGAGUCUGGGAAUUGGAACUGUUUACCAAGCGUCCCGGCCAGUGCCGAUGCAAGCCCAGCCUGGAAACACUAGGCAGGGUGGGGGUCAGAGGCCCCCUCCCCCGACGUGGCCGCGGCAGGGUAGAGGGAGAGAGGGGCUCUGCCUUCCAGCCCUGCUGCCAUGCGGCUGCCCUCCUCGGACUGUGUGAGCCGUGUCGCCCGCCAGAACCCCACUCCUCUCCUGCUCCUCUGCUCCUCCUCUCCCGUCAAGCCCUGCCUCCCUUUCUCUGCCUCCAUCCUCCAUGCAGGAGGACGGAGGUUCUGGUGGAUCUGUAACAACCCCAUCCUUCCAGUGAGGAUUGGCCCCAGCUCCCCGGAGACCCUCUGAAUGUCGUCCUGGGUCCUUUCCUCUCUUUUCUGGCUCCAUCUGCCUUUCUGAGCUUGGCUUCUACAGGCCUGACUUGCUCUGCCAUUCCCUUGGGACAAGGAAUGGCCCCGGCACUUUUGGUUUGGCACCAAUGUGUUGAUGGUCACACCUUCUGCUCUGGGAGGUUUACCUACCACGCUCCCUGACCGGAGUCCCCGCCGAAAGAAUUCUCCUCCCCAGAUGGAAAGGACACCGAGGGCAGGUGCUAAAGCAGCCUGGACAUGCCCAGGGUGGCACUGAGAGACCCAGGGCUCCGCAGUGGCCGGGCCUAUGAGACCCCCGCCAUGCUGCUGGGCAUUCUGCGUCGUGUGCCAGCCCCUGACCCGCAGAGGCUGAGGAGGGUCCAGGCCCAAAGACCAACGCUGUAAGGCAAGAGGCUGGAGGAAGGACAGGGAGGACCAUGCUACAGAACGGCGUGUUCGUGCUCAGGACUGUCGCUUGCACGGAGUGGAAAGUGCAUGUGGACGUGGGUGGAGCGUGUUGCCGUGAGACUGAAUACUGCCUUAUCCUAGGGGGCCGCUACGACUCUCCUCAAGCAGGGCUGCCAUAGUGCACAAAUAAAACCACGAUACUCGAUUGCAUUUGAAUUUCAGACAAGCAAUCUUGUGUAAGUGUCUCCCAUGGGACCUGUUUUAUCUGACAUUUGAAUUUAGUCACACACCCUGUCUUUUCCUGGCAUCUCUGUUUUCAAGGGUGCUCCGCAGAGGGGCCAGGACGAGGGUGAGACAACUGAGGCUCUCACCUCUGAAGAACUCAGUGAGCGAAAUAAAUUAUAUUCCAAUGCAAUAGUCUGUAAAGUCAAAUCCACAAACCACAGCCCGCGAGUCACUGAUAGAAAUAAAAUUUUACCGGAAGUAGAGCCAGGAUACAGGUGAGGUGGGGGAGGCCAGCUCAUGCGAGGACAAGCUCCGAGCCUGACUUCAUCUGAAAUGUCGGUACUUUGUUCAUCAGGCGGGGACUUUGAACAUCAAUUCUGAUUUUUAAACAAUCGCAUAAAAAUAUCAUUUAUCUUGACUACGGGGCCUUUUGGUGCCUCUUACACGUUUCCCCCAGGUGAGUGCCUCCCAGCCUUGGUUUGCAGGAUGGAAGCGGAAGCAAAGGUGUUAGGCAAGUGCGUAACGAAGCAGAGACUUACUGUUUGGUGUCCAGAUUAUUCAUGGUUCAGUCACUAAAAUAUAUGUGCUUCUAAUUUUGCCUUUUCUGCAAAUGCCCCUGCCUUGGCUCAUCAGCCUGUGAGCUCCUAGAAAGCUGGGCCGUCGCGUAUUCUCGGCAAGUACCCGCACAAUGCCGGUUCAGACUAGGUGCUUGACACGCAUUCCUCGAAUGACACGGCACAGAGCUGUCUCUCGGGAGCAUUAGAUGCUGCUGAGAGUAAUUGAUCCGGGAUCUUGCCCCUAUUAGGCAAAACAUGCUCCCCCCACCCAAAGCAUUUGCCAAUACGUCCUCCACCUCUCUCUCCACACGCUGCUUGCUCUUGUCCUGCUGAUGAUUAAAAAAAGUUUAUUUAAUUUGA